AGCGAAGAGGCGGGAGCGACGAGAGAGAAGAAGGGAGCGCGUGCGCGCUCUAGAGCUAAGGCCGGACGCCGAGCCACUGGGGAGAAAGGCCUAGCGGACGGUGCCAUUAAUCGAUUAAGGGGGGGGGGGACGUUCGGCGCGGCCUGAGGAGCUUGGGCGAUACCACCCCUCGGGGAGAAGGGGGGCCGUGGGGGCGCGUGCGCGCUAGUCACUCGACGAGCGUUCUGCGGCCCUGAGGAGACGGCGGUGAUGUGGCGGCGCUGAGUGAGCGCGAGAGCGGAAGGGGCGUCAUGGCGGAGGCGUCCGGCAGCCCCUCGGCGGCAGAGGCGGCCUUGGACCCCGAGUUCCCUCCGCAGAGUCGGCCGCGCUCUUGCACAUGGCCCCUGCCCCGGCCGGAGCUGGCAGGGCCGCCGGCGGAUCCAGACCCAGAGCCCGGCGGCGGGAUAGGACCCGGCAGCGGCCUUGGGAGCCCCGAGGAGCCUGGCAGCGGCGGGGUUACAACGGCGGCGGCGGCGGCGGCGGGAGGGCCCGGGAGCGGCGGGACACGGAAGAGCGGCGGUGGGAGCGGCGGCGGGGCGCGUCGCAAUGCCUGGGGCAGCCAGUCGUACGCCGACUUGAUCAGCCAGGCCAUCGAAAGCGCCCCGGAUAAGCGCCUCACCCUGGCGCAGAUCUACGAGUGGAUGGUCCGUUCCGUGCCUUAUUUCCGCGACAAGGGAGACAGCAACAGCUCCGCCGGGUGGAAGAACUCCAUCCGGCAUAACCUCUCUCUGCAUAGCAAAUUCAUUAAAGUGCACAAUGAAGCUACAGGGAAGAGCUCUUGGUGGAUGCUCAAUCCAGAAGGUGGUAAAAGUGGGAAAGCUCCACGGAGGAGAGCUGCUUCCAUGGACAACAGCAGCAAACUGGCAAAAGUCCGGGGGAAAGCCUCAAAGAAAAAAGCUGCUUUGCAAGUGCCUCCAGAACCUUCUGCUGAAAGCCCAGGUACUCAGUACCCCAAGUGGCCUGGCAGCCCCUCUGCAAGAAGCAGUGAGGACUCUGAUGUGUGGACCAGUAUCCGGCCUCGGACCAGUUCUAAUGCCAGCACCAUCAGUUUAGGGCUUUCUCCAAUCCUGACAGAGCAGGAUGACCUUCCUGAUGAUGAGCUCCUCCCUUCCCUUGGCUACUCCAGUGCAUCUAGCAACGUUCCCCCUACUGUGACAGAGGAGCUGGAACUCAUUGAUGGCCUAAACCUGAUGUCACCAAGUUCAUCCUUGCUGUCAGCUCAACAGCAUACUUCGAGCAGUAUGGCCCAGAGAACUCCCAGCUUUCCCCUGCGGACCCAGAGCACGGCUACUCAGGCACCAUCGUUUGGCAGCUCCCUCUUCAACCCUGUUGAUAUCUCGCUGCACAGCCCUGGUGGCCAUUUUUCUGGUCCACAGACACUGGAAGCCCUCCUGACCUCCAACUCACCACCUCCUAGUGAUGUGAUGAUGACGCAGGUAGAUCCUAUCCUCCCACAGAGUGGAGGCAGGUUGAACAGCCAGACUUUUUUGCUCCUGGGGGACCAGUCCUCCAAAAGCAAGAUGAGCUCAGUUAACCUGCUCAGAAAGCCUUCGGAACAGCAGUUGGAUUCGGUCGGUACCACUGCUUUGGCCUCUGCACUUACCAUGGUGACAGCUCCGCAAAAUGCAGGUGGCUUGUCCACUUUGAAGACAUCCAACCCAGUACAGUCUACCCAAGGGGUCCAGCAGGGUGCCCUGCCACCUGUGUCUCCUGCCACUCUUACUCCUUUUGGAGGUAGUCAGGAUAGGCUGCCUAAUGACUUGGAUGUUGAUAUGUACAUGGAGAACCUUGAAUGUGAUGUGGAUUACAUUAUCAAUACAGACCUCAUGGACGGUGAAGGGCUAGACUUCAAUUUUGAACCCAUUCCUUCUGCUCCCACCUACCCUAGCACCUCGCAGGCCUCCAACCACACUUGGGUACCCAGUUAACUUCAGGGUUGACAAAGUGCCCUUCUGGUUUCGGAGCUUUGCACCCCCCAGAAAAGUCUGGAAUGCAGAGAGCACCUGGAGUUGGUCUUACAGCUCUUCAAACCACUGGGAAGAAGAGCUAACUGCAACAGGAAGAGGGGGAUCCUGUUAAGUGCCACAUCUCUUCCUGAGUCUACCAUAAGCCCUCCAAGCCCCAGACAGGCCUUCCUGCAAGGAGCCUGGGAAGUGUUCCAAACAUGGCCAAAGACUGUUCAUGCCCUGAAGAAGCAUUCUCUGAAUCGAUGGGGUAGCACCAGCUGAGAUGGAUCAGUGAUGGUCAGAAGGAAGCCGCUUUUUGGUGACAUCAGCUCUUCGCCUGAUCUCUGCCUCAGCUAUCCUUUGACUUGGCACCCUAAGCCUUGAUGAAAAAAUGGGUGGGAAGGUGAUGGGCAUAUCACAUGGCUGCCUGAGUCAUGUGGUUCUUCCCUUUCUGUAUUUGUCUGGUGGGAGCAAGGGGUGGGAGAGAGAAAGUUGUGCUCCGGGGAAAACAAGGCUGUCAAGUUUGUUCUUGACUGUGUCAGUCAUCAGGCCCAUUUGAAAGAUGGAAGUCUGUCUGAGUGAAGGUAUUGCCUGAGCCAUUGGUAGCACUUUCCUAAAACACUGACUGCCUAAAAGCAGACAAGCAGGUGCUAAAAGCUGUUGCAAAGAAACCAAAUCUUCUCUUUGGGUUUGUUUCUGGCUGUCCUGCUGCAGCUGAGAAAUAGAAAACCCAGAUCUGGCCUUAAGCAGAGCCCUAAUGUUCAUGGUUUUUUCUUUUUUUAAAUCCAGAAGGGCAUUUUCUACAGAUGAACUAUUUUGGAGGCUUUUAUAAAGUAAUCUGGACAGGGCUUUCUGUGGUAGCCUUCAAACCAAUUUAAGUGUCUCCAUAUUGGGUGCCUUUCCUUCCCUCAAAGACAGUACCAGUUGGAGAUGUGCUUCUCUGAGCUGCAUUAACAACAAUUUUGCACCUUCUUGUGUGUGUAGCUGGGGGAGUGGGGUGGAGAGAGGGGCAUCGAGCAAGUCAUGUUCUUUGGAACUGGGGCAGUGCAGGGAUUGUACAUUAUAGGUAACCUGUAAAGUUAGCUGCAGAUUUACUAGAAGCUUUUGUAACCCUUGGGUGUGAAGAGGUCAUUAUAUUUUAACAGAGAACCCUGUGAGAUUAUUGGCUAGAAGCACAGACUGUUUUCUUGCAGCUUUAUACUUUUAUCAGACAAAACACUACAGUAUAUGAGUCUGGGGGUCUGGAGAUGGGAUUAGGGGAAGCUCCUCAGGGGGUGAGUGUUGGAUGGACAAGGCUUAGAGGCCUUUCCUGCAUGGUGAGAUCCGCCAGCAAUCUUACGCUUUCAGCAACUAAUCAUGAAUUGCCAACAUGUUGCACUGCAGGGAUUGGUGGGGGCAGGGGUUUGUCCAUUAAGCCUUAUAAUGGCUGAAUCACAGCUGUCAGCUGAAGCCUCUUGAACUCUGACUGCUUUGUAGAAUGGGGGGGCACAGGCUUGUCGCUUUGGGGUACAGCCCAACUCCACUUAGUGACUCAGUGGCCUGGCAGUUACUGGAUCUUUUGCUUUAACUUGAGUUGACUUUUGCUGAUGAGUUUGAUAGAUUCAGAAAGAACAGAUUGGAUUUGGACGUUGGGUCACUUCAUUACUCUUGGAAAAGAAUCUUGGGAGCAAGGCGAAGCCCUGGUGCAGGCCUGGUGGCUCCCUAUCAGCACUGGAGUAUUUAUUGUGGCAGAAAUGGGGAUAUGGAUGGGCUCCCUUUUAGCAGUGGCCCUCUCACCUGAUGAGGAGUGAUGCUUCAAGAUUAUCCUUUGUUCCCUUGACAUGCUUGGCAAUCCACUAUCAUUACUGGAGAUGGGGAAAUAGUGAGGUUUCAUCUUCCUGAAGCCAGGCUAAGCACUGACCAGAGAAGCAGGUGGCACAAGCCCCCUUUCCCAGCCUUCUCUUCCUGUAGUUAAGUAAUUUCAGGCUGUAUGUGUAAAAAUUCUUGUAAUAAGUCUCCUUGUAGUUAAGACGUUGUCACAUGGGAAGGCAUGUCUUGCAGGAAAGAAGAAACAGGACAAACACUGCUUCCUUGCAGUGGCAGCACAGGUUUCUGGUACCAAACUUUUGGCUGUAGCCAGGCGUGGAUUUUGUAACUAGUACCUGUUGUACUUCUCUGGCACACCGUAUUGGUCUGACUCAGAAGAACAUUUUCACACUUUGUCAGCAAAAACAUGCCCUGUGGUGUCUUCUCUGGCAGACAGUGGAACUGAGUCAGCAGUAGGACUAAAAAGAAGGAACUGGCAGAAGUUAGAAGCCUUCAGGUGCAUGAGUGAGGUGGAUCAGUUUUGCUUUCUCAAGGCAGAUAUUUACCAGAAAGGAAGAUGACUCUCACUGAAAUAUGGAAAAGAUUCUACACAGUCCUUUUAUUACUGUGCAUACCUGUAACUUGUGUGUGAAUUCAAGACAGUAUGUUGUUUUUUCUUGGUAGCACAACUAGGCAAAGAAUUAAGUCUUCCUUUCAGGUAAAUGCAGUAACUGCAUUUUAAAGUUAAUCUGAUCCAGAGUCAGGGUUGCUUCAGGAGGUUCCCUGCCCCUUAAAAUAUUAGCCAAAGCUUGAGAAUCUUUGGUCAGGUCAAGGUAGGUAAGAGUCACUGCAGCCAGAAGAUUGGCAUUUGGGUGCUUUGAGCUGUGGUGGGGAGACUGGUAUGUUUGCAGUCGCAAGCCUGAAUUAGGGUUGAUUAAUUCUCUAACUGGCCCCGUAUGUUUUCAUACUCACAACUACUAAUGGUCUUGAAAUCUGCACCUCACACACAACCAUACCCCGGAGGAGUGAACCAUGUCAACCAGUUUGCCCCCACAUUGUGUGCGUGAAUAGGCACCCUGAUUCUUCCUCCUCAGCUGCUUUGGGUUAUAAAGUAGAGCGGCAUACAAGGACUGUUCUUGCAGCAUAAUUAAGGUAUUUCUGCCUUUGAUGAAUAAUAAAAUACAGGGGAUCCGCGCAAGUUUUGAUGGGAUAUCUGUUUGUGGGGCUGUUGCUAAGAUUGCUUGUAGUGAAGUCUGUGGGAUGCAUUUGAGACUCAGGAGCAGCUGGGAGUUACCUGAUCAUCUCUGUGCAUGAUUGAGGGUGGGGGGUGUGCUUUCUAGAAGAAGGCUGUAGAGACAGCAGGUGACCUUGGGGGGGGGAUCUUCCUCCUAAUAUUGUGUUGUGGAGUGAGCCCCUGAGGUGGUAGAGCUCAUGCAGUGUACAUACUCUUCUAGACUGGUCUUGUCUUUUCCACUUGGACUGGUGGGUUAGAGGAGGGGAGCUGAUUGGAAUAGGUCCUACCUUGUUUCUACAGAUGGAUUAUUUUUGUCCUUGCUAUACUUCAUUUUUGUCCCCUGUAGCAAUAGAAUCUCUGUUCUCUUCCAGGGUUUUCCAAUAUCCCCCUUUGCUAGAGAGGCUGUGUGGAAUGUGCUAGAGGGCGAAAUGUGACAAAUAAAUCUCUGUAAUCCUU